CCCCCCAAACCUCGGCGGAACCUCCCUCUUUCUAUCUCUCCUUCUUGAACCCUAGACUAGAAAGAAGCUCUGAAGAUUCCAUUCCCCUUCACUGCACGGGCAAGAAACCCUCGCGUCCGAUCGGCGAUGUUCUCUCCGGCGGCGAGGAAACCCCACCUCGCCUCUCAGAAGGACCGGAAUCUUGGGCACGCUGUCCUCGAUUCCCCCGCGACGCCUCUUCCAGAGAGCAGCCGGUCGGUCUUCGGCGCUUCCAUCCCCAACCGGCCGAUCACCGGCACACCGGCUCCGUGGUCUUCUCGCCUGUCCGUUCUCGCCAGGAUUCCAACUGAGAAGAAAACUGAGAAGGGGGUUGAUGCAAAUCAAACCCAACCUGUAUAUGUUGGAGAGUUUCCCCAAGUUGUUCGCAGUGCUCAAGCAAAUCUUCUGCAAAAGAGUGUUGCUAAUAACACGGUGCUUGCUGGUGGUAUGGAUGAGGGAACAUCCCUUGCUUGGAUAAUAUGUGGAAGGCAGAUUUUUAUUUGGAGCUACUUAUCAGCUGCAGUUUCAAAAAAUUGUGUUGCACUUGAAAUCCCAUCUUCUGCAUUUGGGGACAAAGAUGACAUGAAGUUCAUGCAUGGUAAUCACUGGAUGGUCUGUGUUGUCGGAUGGGAUAUUGCAUCAUCAAGCAGUGAAACAAUGUUAGGGCAAUGCAGCUCUGCUGGCAUAGUCGUUUGUAACCAAAUGACUAAAGCUAUUGUAUAUUGGCCGGAUGUCUUCUCAGACAGUGAAAACAUUCCAAUUGCUAGCUUACCAAUGCCAGAAUCUGGAGAAAGUGAUUUGACUAGUGAUGGAAGGAAAGCUGCCAACCGGAACCAUGGAAGCAAUUGUGUUGGAAGUGAUAACUUGUCUGAACAUGAUAGAGUUAAUUCAAUUAUCGUGACUGCAAUUCCUGGUAAUUAUCAUGAAUGUAUUGCAAUAGCGUGUCAAUCAAAUGGUGACUUGUGGUUGUUUCGUUUGACAUCGGCCAGAAUAUGUCAGAGAAGAAUUUCUCAUGAUGCAGUAGGAAUUAGUUCUGGUCAUUCUCAGAUGAAUAAAAGGCAUGCAAGGUCAUUAAUCUGGCGUUCUUUGCAUGCUUGCCCCAAGGAAUCUGGUCGGCAGUUUUUGUUGACAGAUUGUGAGAUUCAGUGUUGGAAUAUUAUGCUUGCACCUGAUAUUAAUAUCACAAAACUUUGGAUUCAUGAAAUCGUAGCUGAUGAUGGUGAUUUAGGUAUCAAGAAAGAUCUAGCUGGCCAGAAGCACAUCUGGCUUUUGGAUGUGCAGGUGGAUCGCCGUGGGAAAGAAUUUACUGUUCUUGUAGCUACCUUGUGUAAAGAUCGGGUAAGCAGUUCAAGCUACAUGCAGUAUUCUCUUCUAACAAUGCAAUAUAAGUUUGGUCAAAAUUUCUCUUUGGAAAAUAGUGGAUCAACGAAUGAAAGGGUUCUAGAGAAAAAAGCUCCUCUUCAGGUAAUAAUUCCAAAGGCAAGAGUGGAAGAUGAAGAAUUCUUGUUUUCUAUGCGGCUACGAGUUGGUGGCAAGCCAUCUGGCUCAGCAAUUAUACUGUCUGGGGAUGGAACUGCUACUGUAACCAACUAUUGGAGGGGUUCCACUCGACUUUAUCAGUUUGAUUUACCAUGGGAUGCAGGAAAAGUUUUAGAUGCUUCUGUUUUCCCUUCUUCAGAAGACAAUCAGGAAGGAGCUUGGGUUGUUCUUACUGAAAAAGCAGGAGUUUGGGCAAUACCUGAAAAGGCAGUCUUACUUGGUGGGGUUGAACCACCUGAGCGAAGUUUGUCACGUAAGGGGAGCUCAAAUGAAGGCGUUGUGGAAGAAGAAAAAGGAAGCCAGGCUUUUGGUGUCAAUGUUGAUCCUAGGAAGGCUACUUCUGAGGCAUGGAUUGCUGGAGAUAGACAAAGGGCAGUCUUUAUGAGCAUUGCACAACGAACUGCCCAAGAUGAAGAAGCAGAAGCAUUGCUAGGUUGUUUGUUUCAUGAGUUUAUUUUGUCUGGUAAAGUUGAAGGUGCGCUAGAGAAGCUAAGGAAAAAAGGAGCAUUUGAAAAGGAAGGUGAAAUCAAUGUUUUCACCCGCAUGAGCAAAUCUAUUGUUGACACUUUAGCUAAGCACUGGACAACAACCAGAGGAGCUGAAUUUGUGGCUUCAGCUGUUGUGUCUUCUUUACUUUUGGAUAAGCAGCAGAAGCAUCAGAAAUACCUUCAGUUUCUUGCUUUGUCCAAGUGCCAUGAGGAACUUUCUUCCAGGCAGAGACAUUCUUUGCUAACUAUCAUGGAACAUGGUGAAAAGCUUUCUGGCAUGAUCCAGCUUAGGGAGUUACAAAAUUCACAUAGUCAGAAUCGGUCAAAUGUGGUUGACUCUCCAUCUCACUCGCAGAUUCAAACUGCUGGUUCUUUAUGGAACCUCAUUCAAUUAGUUGGUGAGAAAGCUCGCAGAAAUACUGUUCUUCUUAUGGAUCGAGAUAAUGCUGAAGUAUUCUAUAGUAGAGUUUCUGACAUAGAGGAGAUGUUUUCUUGUUUAUCUCAUCAACUUCAAUAUGUAAUUGGUGGAGAGAAGCUGUUUUUUAUUCAGAUGCAACGAGCUUGUGAAAUCUCAAAUGCCUGCACAACAUUAAUUCAUACUGCUUUGCGCUAUAGAUAUGAGCACAAGAACUGGUAUCCUUCUCCUGAGGGAUUGACACCUUGGAAUUGCCAACCUGUUGUACGGUCAGGCCUUUGGAGCAUAGCAUCUUUUGUAAUGCAGCUUUUAAAGGAUGCUGUUGCAGUCGAUCUGUCAAUGAAAUCAAAAUUAUGGUCUGAAUUAGAAGAACUCACAGAUGUUUUACUUGAGGCAUAUACUGGUAUAAUCACUGCUAAAAUUGAAUGUGGGGGAGAACACAAAGGUUUGGUAGAAGAGUACUGUAUAAGAAGAGAUGAACUUCUCGGCUCCCUAUAUGAACUAGCCAAAAGAUUUGUAGAAGCUAAAUACCAGGAUUCAUGCAAGGGCAUUGAUGAUCCCAGUCUAAAAGAAGUUAUUUUUCGAGAGGUUACUUCAUCAAUUCUUUCAAUUGCCCAGCGACACGAAGGCUACAAAACCUUGUGGCAUAUAUGUUAUGACCUUAGUGAUACAGGGCUCCUCCGUAGCCUAAUGCAUGACAGUGUUGGGCCGAAAGGAGGUUUCAGCUCUUUCGUCUUUAAACAACUGAUUAAGAGUCAUCAGUAUGCUAAGUUGCUGAGGCUUGGAGAAGAAUUCCAGGAUGAGCUAGCUAGUUUUUUGAAAGAGCAUAAAGAUCUGUUAUGGCUUCAUGAGAUAUUUUUAAACCAAUUCUCCUCUGCUUCAGAAACUCUUCAUGCAUUGGCUCUAUCCAUUGGUGAUGGCUCUUCAUUGUUGAUUGAUGAGGAACUAGAGCUUGCACAGUCGAAGAGAGUGCCAUCUCUUGUUGAUAGAAGGUGCCUACUUAAUCUCUCCAAAAUUGCUGCAGUGGCAGGAAAAAAUGUGGGUUUUGAGAUGAAGGUCAGAUGCAUUGAAGCUGAUUUGCAGAUUCUAAAGUUGCAGGAAAUUUUGGGCCAUCUUACAGACAAUAAAGAAGGCCUGGAUACUAAAAAGCCACUUCCUCCGGGAGAACUAAUUGAGCUGUGCUUAAGAGGGGGUCCGGAACUAGCUUUAAAAGCUUUUGAGGUGUUUGCUUGGACAAGCUCAUCCUUCCGUAGUUCCAACAGAAGCCUUUUGGAGGAGUGCUGGAAGAAUGCAGCAGAUCAAGAUGAUUGGGCUGCGCUUUGCCAGGCAUCAACAGCAGAAGGAUGGAGUGAUGAAAUUGUCUUAGAAUCUCUGAAAAACACUCUGCUUUUUAAGGCUUCAAACCGGUGCUAUGGACCUGGAGCGGAGACCUAUGAUGGUGACUUUGAGGAAGUAUUGCCUCUCCAAAAGGAGGAUAUGGGAUUUCCAAAUUUAAGAGAUGUAAGUUCUUCAGUAGAAGGACUUCUGAUGCAGCACAAGGAUUUUCCUGAUGCAGGUAAGCUGAUGCUGACUGCAAUCAUCAUGGGUAAGGAAGGAAAUGAUGCUGUAGUUGAAGAGGACAUGGCUAUGGAUUCCCGAUAAAGUCCAUGUUGGGUUUCGGUCUUCGCUUUUUUGACAAGGCCUAUAUCAUCUAGGUUGACUGAUCACUUGAAUCAGAGUCAACAGCAGUAUCAGUUUGAGCUGUUAGGCAAAGCAAAUUGCUGAGGGCAAGGAAUGUACGUAGUGAAUGAGAUAUUGAGUCUAGGUGCGUCUUUAAUGAAACUUGUAUUGUUCAUGGUUGUAGAGAAGGGCGAGCUUGCAUUCUUCAUGGUUGGCACCUAAGAAAAUUAUUUUCCUGUUGUAACUUGAUGAUAUACGCACAGAAAGUAAAUCUGCAAGCUGCUGCUUUAGAGGGCUCGCUGGUUGGUUGUAAAUGAUAGGCAGGUCUGUGCUAAAGUUUUCCCUUUGCAGUUGAUUGUUGUGUUACUUUUGGCUUCUGGGAGAAAUGUAUUAUUGCUGAUAUUCUGCUCAGUAUUCCGUGGUGUUUCCCAUAUUUUACUUUUUAAUGGUUGAAAUGUCAAAUACAUCUUUGACAA